GACGUAACCCGUCGCCAUGAUGGGAAGGUUUGGCCCGAGAGCAGCCGGCCCCAGCCGCCAUCUUCCCCUCUUGGCCACAGCCAUAACUGGCGGCCCCUUCCACACAGCUGAAUAAAAUCCCCCAUUUUCUGUUUUGAACAGGGAUAUAUGGCAGUGUGGACAAAGAUAACCCAGUUCAAAGCAGAUAUUGUGGGUUAUUAUGUCUUGAUAUCUGGGUCAUAUUAUGUUAGAAGAGUUAAAAGGGGAGGGGGUAUUUAGAGGAGAUUCAGCCCCCAAAAUACUUGUAAACAUAACCUUGGGUUGCUGUUUGCUUGGGUUUUCCAGGCUGUCUGGCCAUGUUCCAGAGGCAUUCUCUCCUAAUGUUUCACCCACGUCUAUGGCAGGUAUCCUCAGAGGUUCUGAGGUCUGUUGGAAACUAGGCAAACGGAGGUUAUACAGUAGAGUCUCACUUAUCCAAGCCUCUCUUAUCCAAGCUUCUGGAUAAUCCAAGCCAUUUUUGUAGUCAAUGUUUUCAAUAUAUCAUGAUAUUUUGGUGCUAAAUUCGUAAAUACAGUAAUUACAACACAACACUACUGCGUAUUGAACUACGUUUUCUGUCAAAUUUGUUGUAUAACAUGCUGUUUUGGUGCUUAAUUUGUCAAAUCAUAACCUAAUUUGAUGUUUAAUAGGCGUUUCCUUAAUCCCUCAUUAUCCAAGAUAUUCGCUUAUCCAAGCUUCUGCCGGCCUGUUUAGCUUGGAUAAGUGAGACUCUACUGUAUAUCUAUGGAAUGAAAUCCAGGGUGGGAGAAAGAACUCCCAAAGCUUUUCUGGUUGAAAUGCCUUCUUCUUCACAGAGGUCAGUCCUGUUUUGUAGCCGGCCACCCUAAUGUCAGUCAUUAUUGUCCCUCUCUUUUAAGCAUUUAUUUGGCUGUUUGAAAGAAUCUAAGAUAGGAAUUGAAUCAUUCCACCACCUUUGAGCAACCCUGGCCAAGCAAUGCUUUGUAUAAAAGCCUAGUGUAAAAAGGGACCAGGCCUGUUGUGCAAGACAGAACGGAAGGCUGUAGACACCUGAGUGGAACGGGGUCCGUUGGUGACGUCCAAGGCAUUUCCUCCCAUUCUCUUCCUCAGAAGGAAACCCAGCAGGUGAAGGAUGCCGCUUGGUCAGGAAAGGCAUGGCCAGCUGUGGGUGAAGGGGAUUUCGCUUGUGGGGAGCCACACUGCAGAAUUCGGGCUCCUUGGCACCACUCUACCUGCCAGGGCUCAACGCGAUGGAAUCCUGGGAGUUUUGGUUGGCUGAGGAAACAGACCUUGGAAAACUACAACUGCUGUAAUAGUAUGUCGCCUUCCAGACAGCUGUAUAAAAUACCACAUUGGAACUGGAUUACAUGGCAGUGUGGACUCAGGGCCCUUCCACAUAGCCAUAUAACCCAGAAUAUCAGAGCAGACAAUCUGCAAUAUCUGCUUUGAACUGUGUUAUCUGAGUCCACACUGCCAUAUUGUUUAUUCAUUCAGUUGCUUCCAACUCUUCUUGACCUCAUGGACCUGCCCACACCAGAGCCCCUUAGGCUGUGGCCACCCCCAGCUCCUUCAAGGUCAAGCCAGUUACUUCAAGGAUACCAUCCAUCCAUCUUGCCCAUGGUUGGCCCCUCUUCCUUUUUCCUUCCAUUUUCCCCAGCAUCAUUAUCUUCUCUAAGCUUUUCUGUCUUCUCAUUAUGCGGUCAAAGUACUUCAUCUUUGCCUCUAAUGUCCUUCCCUCCAGUGAGCAGUCGGACAUUAUUUCCUGGAGUAUUCCUUGGAUCUUGCGGUCCAAGGCACUCUCAGAAUUUUCCUCCAACACUGCAGUUCAAAAGCGUCUAUCUUCCUUCACUCAGCCUUCGUUAUGGUCCAGCUCUCGCAUCCAUAGGUUACUAUGGGGAAUACCAUUGCUUUAACUAUGCAGACCUUUGUUGCCAGUGUGAUGUCUCUACCUUGAUGUUCUGGGUUAUAUGGCAGUGUGGAAGGGCCCUAAUUGAGAGAAAGAGGUAGGUAACAGAAGCUUUAUAGACUUAGAAUACAUCCAAAUGGGCAAGAAAACUUGGUCAGGAGUUUAGUACUUCCCAGAGAUGGCUACACUUGUCUCUCUCCGUACAGCUGCAAAAGCAGGAUGAAUCUGGCAAGUCGGGCUUCAGAUCAUCCUGUUAGAUGGCCACUCCUACCGUUGUCACCCUGUUGCCAUUGUUGUGGCAGCCACAGAGCUCCAAAUUGUUCCUGGCUGUCUCUAGACACCGUUACAGAUGUUUGCAAGGGCAUCCACAUGAUGCGGGGAGGGGAGAAAGGAAGGCACAAUCUCCUACCCUUCCCCAAGUUGUGAGUAACUUGCAAAUGUCAGCUGUAACACCCAGGGACAGCCAGGUGGUUGUGGCCUCUGACAACAGCAAUAGGACACAAAGGUGGGUGCCAUCCCUCUGUGCCUUUGCUGCAGGGAAAACGAGACAGCUGUGGAAACAGUAGAGUUGGGUCCAAUUCAGAACCAGCCCAACUGUUAACCCGGUCAUGUAGGGCAGUUCUGUAGCAUCCCCAAACUGCAUAAUACGGGGCAACACUGCAUUAAGCAGCCUUGUUCCACAUUGGGGCAAGAAGGCUUCAUGCAUCAUUUGGAUACCACAGAGACUAUUCUUGCCCACCUUGGGUUAGAUGACCCAUAUAGAUAUGCCCCUGCUUUCUCCGUUAAUUUUUGUUGGGAAUUGCAGGGACUGUAGGCUUUAUAUCAGUGUGAGGCAAUAGCAGGUAAGUGUAGUUUUGUUUGUGUUGCUUAUGUUGUUAUACCCUGCUUUUUUACAUAUUGAAAUUCUAUUUGGAAAUGAACAGGUUUUUUUAUGGGAGAGGCACCACACACCAUUUUGGAGUAUUGCAAUAUCCACUUAUAUUUCAUAGUUGAAGAAUGGGAAGUGCGUGGCUAAGCAACAUUAGAGUGUGGUCAAGAUGGCAAAAAGUUAUCUUAGAAGGAUCAGAAAUUGGGACCAGCCCUUCUAUUCAUAUAGCCAUCACACUUCUUCUGUGGCACAGGAACACAGAGUGACACACCUGCAGUACAAAGAGCUGCUCACAUAUUUUGUGUAUGCGUUCCGCAUUAUACUACACAUUUUGAUUGUGUAGCACAAUCCAAAAUUGAGAAUCAAACCUAUUGUGUUUUUCAUAGAAUCAUUGUGUCAUACUAACAAAAUGGUAGCUGUUGUCCUUGUCUUUCUCAACUGCAGAGUAUGCCUGUCCUGUUUGGCACAAGUCUGCCCAUGCAAAGCAGGUGGACAUAGCACUGAAUGAAACAUGCAGAAUCAUCACAGGAUGCCUUAAAUCUACACCUGUUGAUAAACACCAGUUAGCUGGCAUUGCCCCUCCUGACGUGCGACGGGAAGUUGCUGCUAACGAAUGGCUUUCAGGAGCCUUGAACUCUCUUCCUGUGACACUUUUGUGGCUCUGCCUCCUGCCACAAUUGGCAAUAGGAUCAUCUUUGGUAAAAACUCAGAUAGACCCUCUGAUGAAGUCCAAGAAAUUGUGUACUUCACUGCUGUAACUCACAGCCCAGGAGAAAAACUUGAGUGUACUUACAUUGAAAUAGAGCAAGUGCCAGAAACGUAUGCAGUUGUCCUGAGUCGUCCAUCAUGGUUGUGGGGUGCUGAGAUGGGGGCCAAUGAGCAUGGAGUUUGCAUUGGAAAUGAAGCAGUAUGGGGGAAAGAAGUCGUCUACGAUGAGGAAGCACUCCUAGGCAUGGAUCUUGUCAGGCUUGGUCUUGAAAGAGCUAGUACGGCAGAAAAAGCUGUCUUUAUCAUUGUUGACUUGCUGGAUAAAUAUGGCCAAGGUGGAAACUGCACGGAGAGUCACAUGGCAUUUACAUACUAUAAUAGUUUUCUGAUAGCAGACAGAAAAGAGGCUUGGGUAUUGGAAACUUCCGGAAAGUACUGGGCGGCAGAGAAAAUAGGAGAAGGAGUAAGGAAUAUUUCCAACCAGCUUUCAGUAACAACCAAAAUUGAUCGUGAACAUCCUGGAGUUCGGAGUUAUGCUACCAGCCAAGGCUGGUGGGAUGGCAAAAAAGAAUUUGAUUUUGCUGCCACUUACUCAUAUGUAAAUACUGCCAGGAUGACUACUACAAGAAGCAGAUACUGUGAAGGCUAUAAACUUCUAAAGAAAUACGAAGGGCAUAUAACAGCUGAGACCAUGAUGGCAAUCCUUCGAGAUAAGGAGAGUGGCAUUAAUAUGGAAGGUGGCUUUAUGACUACUGGAAGCAUGGUUUCCAUACUUCCGCAAGAACCGAGCCUCCCUUGCAUACAUUUCUUCACUGGAACGCCAGACCCUGAGAGGUCUUUCUUUAAACCUUUUAUAUUUGUGCCAAAUAUUGAUCAGCUAUUAAAAACGAGUUCUCCAGUAUUUGGUCCUGAGGAUCCUGUUAAACAGCAACCACGGUUUCAAACUAAGCCAGAUAGAAGACAUGAACUCUACAAAAAACAUGAAAGUGCAGUUCACUUAAUAGAAUCCUCUAAGGAGAAGGCUGAAAUCAUAAUUGAACAGAUACAAAAAUUGGAAAAAGAGAAGAUUAGCCAAAUGGAGACUAUUCUGCAGAAUGGACAUCUUGAUGCUGAUCAAGUAGUUCAUCUUUUUUCUAACUGCACAGAAGAAGAAAUCUGCAUAUAUACCUAAUGAACUUUUGCAGUCACUUUGUUUCACUCUCAACUGCUUGCUUCUCAAAGCAAUUUGAGUUUUUGCACAUUUGCUGAUAAACUAGGGGCCAUGCAGGCCAUGUAACAUU